CUGGGGGAAUCCGGCGGCAGUGCGUGGUACGUUGUCGUCCCGGUCGGAGUCGUUCGUUGUUUUUCGCGAUAUGUAAAACAGUGUACGGUUGUGUAUAAUUCAAAUACGGUGCUCGUUGAAUUUUCGUGUGUCACGUCGCGAUCGAAGAGAGGUGCAGUUCGUCGAGUUGCAAGGUUGUCGUACUACAUUAGACGUAGACUCUGUGUCCGCGAAAACAGUGGCGUUACUCCUCUCAAGAGAGAGAUUUAUUGCGCGUCUCGUCCCACCUCGCCUCAGUUCGGCCUGAUCUCGCUCGGUCUCGUCUUGUCAUUUUUGUCCUUCGCGCGAGAGUGCAUGUUAUCUUAGACCGACAACGGAUUCUGUGCGUCUCGCGCGAUCGCGAGUAGAAUGUUGGAUCGCGACACGGCGAUACAUCUCGUCGCCGGAGGAGUGGCUGGUACGGCAGGAGCGAUUGUGACUUGUCCACUUGAAGUAGUGAAGACUCGAUUGCAGUCGUCGUCUUCCGGUUUUCAUCCGCCGCCAGUAAGCAAAGAAUUCACAUCCGGCCAUCCCACAUGCAAGGGCUCGCCGACACCUGAACAACGCAGGAGGCUAUGCACUGGAUACCCCAGAUAUUCCAGCCACUUCGUGGCCCUCUCGCAUUUCGGCGUCUCGACCUCGCCUCCGAAUUCUUCCCGACACGCGCCGGGCAUCUAUCAGUGCUUAAGGUAUAUUAUCAAGAAUGAGGGAGCACGAGGAUUAUUCAAAGGUCUCGGUCCUAAUCUCAUCGGUGUGGCACCGUCCAGAGCUAUCUAUUUCUGUGCAUACUCCAAGAGCAAAGUCGCAUUCAACGCGAUUCUACCUCCCGACACACCGAUCGUUCAUGUUUUCUCCGCGUCCUGUGCUGGUUUCACCGCGUGUACAUUGACAAAUCCGAUUUGGUUUGUAAAAACCAGACUACAGCUGGACCACCGAUCACAAAAAGUCACAGCAAUAGAAUGCAUGCGGAGGAUAUAUCAAACAUCGGGUAUUCUUGGAUUCUAUAAAGGUAUCGUGGCGUCCUACGUAGGCAUAAGUGAGACUGUGAUACACUUUGUGAUAUAUGAAGCGGUGAAAGCAUGGCUAGCCACGCACAGAUCACGAGCUUCGCAAGCAGACGAUAGAAAGACGUUCCGUGACUUCAUCGAAUUUAUGGCAGCGGGAUCGUUUUCGAAAACGAUAGCGUCAUGCGUUGCCUAUCCUCACGAGGUCGCAAGGACACGAUUACGAGAGGAAGGUACCAAGUAUCGGACAUUUUGGCAAACUCUGAGCACCGUAUGGACGGAGGAGGGUACGAGAGGUCUCUAUCGCGGCCUUGGUACCCAGCUGAUUCGGCAGAUUCCAAAUACUGCCAUCAUAAUGGCAACGUACGAGGCGGUAGUUUAUGUGCUGACCCGACAUUUCCGGCCCGUUACGGUGACGACGUCCAGUACCGACGCGGCAUCGGAAUUCUACAAUGAGGCUAAAACGAAAAGAGAGCUGGCCUAGGAUUUGCUUACGGCCCCUGAGUAAAGGGCCGUCCCACCAAUCGUUUCCCUUCUGCGAGUAGGCGAAUAUCGCGCAUAUAUUCGGAGUACCAUCCUAAAAUCUAAUCGUACAUCUAGACGCAACAAGGGAGCAGCUAGACGUUGGAGAAACAUGCUCGAUGUCAUAAUCCUGGGGUACUCAAAAAGGUACCGGCGCAUUGAUUGCACUCUGUGCUCUGAAAAGUAUAGCAAAAAGUAGUCCUUCCUCCUUUCAGGUAACACACGUACGUACCCGAACAUGGACCCAGUGUAUCUUGCAGGAAAUGAAAGAGAGGCAUGAAGUUAGAGAAAGCAGAUAUUGUUUCAUAAUGUCGUGUAGACAUUAGGAAGCUGAGACUUUGCUUCUUGCGAACUCAUGGAUGCAUAUGAAUGCGGAAAAAAAAGGCUUGUGCUCGGAUUUAUUCGAAAUAAGGUUAUUUUUUGCUAUAAAAGUCGAACUCCAGAGUCUGAAUUUAUAAUGUGUGAUGUUAAUAGUCACUGUAAAUUUUAAGUCUCUGUGACGAGUUUUGCUUAUUCUCUAUUUCACAAUUUAUAGAUUUAUUUUCAUCCCGUAUUAUCCCUUCACAUUUUUUUGUUUAUAACUUAUAAAAUUAGAAAUGAAAAAGGUGAUGCAAAACUGCAGAACACUUGUUAUUAUGCAGCUCAAUAGGAGUAACGAAUAUAAUCGCAGUUUCUGAUUUUACGAAUUAUGCUAGACGUGUUCAAGUCACUUUAAAUGUUUGAUCUUUAUGUUUUCAUUAGAAACGAAUUAUCUUACCUAGUUCUGAUCUUGCAAAUAAUAGACUUCACUUCUUGAAAGCUUCGACAUACUUCCACUUUAGAGCUUUAGUAAGAUUUGUAUUGCGCGUUUAUAACAUUGUGAUAAGUAUUUCAAUAUUGAAUUCUAUGUAUAUUUUUGAUUAGAUUUUACUAAUUGUUUUUGUUCUAUGUUUUACUUUUUGAACAAUGUUAUAUCAGAUAAUGAUUAACAAAAAUAUAAAAAAUUAUAUAAAUUAUUAUAAUUUAUAUACUGCAAGAAACCAAAAAUAAUACCUACAUUUAAAAAUUAUUUCCGAAAUAUAUGAUCUGUAUAUGUACUUUAUAUUAUAAUGAUCACACAAUUAAUAAUAAAUAGAUUAUUAAGUUCAAAAAUUAAAUGUGUGUGUGUGUGUGAAAAUUGUAUUUACAAGAAGUAUUCAACAGAUGUUGAAUGUUGUUAUAUGAAAAUUAAUAAUUUCUUCGGUUUAUAUUUGCUGUACAACAACAUUAAUUAUAUGAAAUUAUUAUGUGAAGAAAUCUUAUGUCUCUAAAUUUUAUUUCGCUGCAAAAAUCUGAAAACUCAAAUCUUUUCAAUAAUGCUUUAACAACUUUGCAAUUACUCAUAACAGAAGUAUAUAAUUGUGUAUACACAUACACAUAACACACGCACGCAUACAGGCAGAGAAAGAGAGAU